UGCGCUCAUUCCCUAGAUACUGUUAUCACAUAUCUGACUUCUGUUAUUGUUAAGUUUGAGUUCUAACAAAAAACAGUCUGUGGUUUGCUACACUACGUUCUGUAUGUGUCUGUUUUUAUGUUAUUCUGUAUUUUUCCAUCAUGAGAAUGGCCCUGAAACUGUUAACAAUGUUUCAAGUCCGCUAUGUUGCAUAACACAUACAUACAUCCACACAAGCCAACAGCAGAUAAUAUUAAAUCACAUAUAUGGUAACGGGCUAUAGUGCAUAACACAGAAUCCACAUAAUACUAAUGUGGAGUUAUUUUCUUAUUACCGUAGAUAGCUAUCUAAACAAACUGGGAUUUUUUUUAAUAGCUUUUAUAACUUGUGAAGUUCCCUGGUUCCCAGAGGUCCUCAACAUCCUCACUCAGGUCAUUGCUGGUUGGAAAACUUCGCCCCUCCCAGAAUCUCGACAGGACAAUAAGGAAGCUCAUGUCUCCUCGAAAGUUUCAGCCUAGUCUACUUUUCAGCCCUUCCAUCCUCUGAGCCUGAUGAUGGUGAGCUCCUUAUGGCAGCUUGAGUCACAGGAGUCAGACGAGUAUCAAGUUUAUUACAUAUAGUACUCACUGCUCAGCCUCUGAGUCUUAUUCUAUGUGUUUGUGUGGCAUAUUUAUAGUGAUGACUUGCAUUUCAAAUGAUGUACUAGGCCUACGCAGUAUGUCUCGUGAUAUGAUAACCUGUUAUUUGGGGAAUGUAUCAUCCUUACAGUAUUUCUUGUGUGGGGAUGUUGUCUUUUCUUUUCAUGGAGAGACAUAUGCCUUCCCAAGGGAUGGCAACACAUUUUGCUUGAUGUGGACCGUAAGUGGGUGUCCAAGGCAUUGUUCAGGUGGUUGGGGAAUGGGAUUCCAGAGAUGGACUUUGCCAGGGUUGACAAAAUGUGGUGGGACCCUCCACCACCCCUCGUCUGCAGCUCAGUACUGGUGAUGGAGAGGUACUUUGCCCGUCCUCUGCUGCGAUGGAUGCCCAGGAAGCUCUGGCAGGUGAAGCUAUAUUGCCCAAAUUCUGACUGUGAGAGGGGGAGCUGACCACACCAGGACUCCACCAGAAGAUCAGGCAGGUUGUUGAUGGAUCCUACUAUGUGGCAGUAGGAAGGUCAUCAGUGGUUCCUUACAUCGUUCCACACAAAUUCACUGGGAAGCUGAUGGGUUUGGAGUACCUCUUCGAUCAGACUGGUUUGGUGCUGCAGGAUUGCAAGGCUGCCAUUGAGGAACUGGAGACAGAGGAUCGAUAAUCACAGCCUCCUCUGAGGGAACCAAAGAAAAGGAGGGAUCGAAAUAAACGACAACAACAUCAUCAUACCCAGCGGCCUGCGUGUGGUUGUCUGACUGUCCCGUUGCGGUCCUGCUGCACUGUCCCCCCGAGGAGGGAGACUAAUGCAUGUGGCGCUGUACUCCGGGUCAGUGGAGGAUGAGUCCGGUCAUGGAGGCUCAGACCAUGCAGGCCAAGCAGCAGCAGACGCAGCAGCAGCUACAACACUAUCUGGAGAAAGGGGUCCCGCUUGAGCCCUUCAUGCACCAGGUGGGGGGCCACUGCUGCGUGCUGCGUUUCGGGGAGCAGACCAUCUGCAAGCCCCUCAUCCCCCGAGAGCACCAGUUCUACAAGAGCCUACCCAGCGCCAUGAGGAAGUUCACCCCCCAGUACAGAGGUGUGGUAUCUGUGAAUUUUGAGGAGGAUGAGGAGGGCAACCUGUGUCUCAUAGCAUAUCCCCUGCAAAGUGACUCUGGGGUGGGGGACCUGGAGAAUAUAGACCCAUCGGUCAAUGGCGAGCCCAACAGCAAGAUGCACCAGUGGGGCAUCAAGCAUCUGUCUGCCCAGAGUCUGCUGGACUCACGCAAAGACAAGGACAAGAGUCAUAAGCUCGAGGGGGAGGUGUUGGAGUGGCUGCAGCAGGAGGAGGUGCCUGUGGGAAGCAGAAACGCCAUCCAACACAACCCCUGGAGACUCAAACUCCAACAGAAACACCUGCAGAGGAUGAAGGAGAACGCCAAGCACCGCAACCAGUACAAAUUCAUCCUGCUGGAGAACCUGACGUGGCAUCAUGCGGUUCCGUGCGUGCUGGACCUGAAGAUGGGCACGCGGCAGCACGGUGACAACGUGUCCGAGGAGAAGAAGGUCAUGCAAAUCCGCAAGUGCCAGCAAAGCACCUCUGCCUCCAUCGGAGUACGCCUCUGUGGCAUGCAGGUAUACCAGUCAGACUCGGGUCAGCUCAUGUUCAUGGAUAAGUACAUUGGGCGUAAACUGACCCUGUCGGGCUUCAAGGAGGCUCUGUUCCAGUUCUUCCGUGACGGGCGGCGUCUGCGGCGCGAGCUGCUCUCCCCGGUGCUGCGGAGGCUCAGGGAGAUGCAGACAGCUCUGGAGGGCUGUGAGUCCUACCGCUUCUAUUCCUCCUCCCUGCUCAUCAUCUAUGAUGGUGAGCCGCCCCGCACACACACACGCAGAGGCCCCGAGGGCGGUCUGUCUGAGGAGGAAGAAGAGGAGGAAGUGGAGAAAGAUGAAGAGGCAAGUGCGUUUGGGUUUCCCGGCAGCAGUAGUAGUGGUAGCACUGAUGGUGGACGUCUGGCAGCCCGAUCUGAUACAGGCCCUGGCCCGGCGGUGGACGUGAGGAUGAUUGACUUUGCCCACACCACGUGCCCUGACUAUGUGGAGGACAGUGUGGUGCACGAGGGCCAGGACAGUGGCUACAUCUUCGGUCUGCAGAACCUCAUCACCAUCAUAUCCCAGCUGGAGGACCACUGCAAAGACUAAAACACACACACACAGUUUCUCUUCUCUCUAUUGGACUCAUAGAAGAAACAGCACACUGGACUACAGAGGCUGGCCAUAGGGGCACACUGAACAUUGCUGUAGCCAGUUUUUCCACAGGAGUCCUUAAUUUGGGUGUUUUUGUUUGUAUCCGCAAGGGAUACAAAGGGCCAUGAAGGUUACAUUUGAAGAGACAUUUGCAAUCUUCUUUAGUUGACUCAGUGAGUUGUCGCCAUUAUCUGCUUACUCCGUUACCUAUUACGAAGUUGGUUAUUUUACCCAGUUAUUUAUUUAGGGAAAAAGCAACACAAGGAGGUUUGAAAUGAAGUCCAAGACUGCAAGCAUGGAUUCCAACUGUCCAAAGGUGCCUGGCUUAUGCAAGCGCACACACACAUGCACUGAUUUUGAUGUGUGCUACUGAUCGGGCAGAUGUACUUGAAAAAGCAAACAGAGGAACUGAUGUAUGUGUGUGAAAUAUUAAAGUUGAUGAGAGGAAACAUAAUCUCAUCUUCCAUUUUUCUUCUAAACCAGUUUAUUUUUCCACCCUCUUUUCUUUUGCAUUCAUAGAAGAUACUAUGUUAUAUUCAGAUAGCAAUUACAUUACAUACAGGGACUAUAGCUUUAUUUAUUUGACAUGUUUCUUAAAUAAAAUAAAAAAUAAAUAAUUGUAUGUUAUUGUAUAUUAUUCAUUUUGUUAGAAUAAUAUUAAUUAAUAUUAUUAUUUGACAUGUUCAGGUACAGUUGAAGUCGGAAGAUUACAUACAGUUAGGUUGGAGUCAUUAAAACUUGUUUUUCAACCACUACACAAAUUUCUUGUUUACAAACUAUAGAUUUGGCAAGUCGGUUAGGACAUCUACUUUGUGCAUGACACAAGUAAUUUUUCCAACAAUUGUUUACAGACAGAAUAUUUCACUUCGAAUUCACUGUAUCACAAUUCCAGUGGGUCAGAAGUUUACAUACACUAAGUUGACUGUGCCUUUAAACAGCUUGGAACAUUCCAGAAAAUUAUGUCACAGCUUUAGAAUUAUCUGCUAGGCUAAUUGACAUCAUUUGAGUCAAUUGGAGGUGUACCUGUGGAUGCAUUUCAAGGCCUACCUUCAAACUCAGUGCCUCUUUGCUUGACAUCUUGAGAAAAUCAAAAGAAAUCAGCCAAGACCUCAGGAAAAAAAAAAUGUAGACCUCCACAAGUCUGGUUCAUCGUUGGGAGCAAUUUCGAAACACCUGAAACUACCACAUUCAUCUGUACAAACAAUAGUACGCAAGUAUAAACACCAUGGGACCAUGCAGCCGUCAUACCGCUCAGGAAGGAGACGCGUUCCGUCUCCUAGAGAUGAAUGUACUUUAGUGCGAAAAGUGCAAAUCAAUCCCAGAACAACAGCAAAGGACCUUGUGAAGAUGCUGGAGGGAACAGGUACAAAAGUAUCUAUAUCCACAGUAAAACGAGUCCUAUAUUGACAUAACCUGAAAGGCUGCUUAGCAAGGAAGAAGCCACUGCUCAAAAACCGCCAUAAAAAAAGCCAGAGUACGGUUUGCAACUUCACAUGGGGACAAAGAUCAUACUUUUGGAGAAAUGUCCUCUGGUCUGAUGAAACAAAAAUAGAACUGUUUGGCCAUAAUGACCAUUGUUAUAUUUGGAGGAAAAAGGGAGAGGCUUGUAAGCCGAAGAACACGAUCUCAACCGUGAAACACGGGGGUGGCAGCAUCAUGUUCUGGGGGUGUUUGGCUGCAGGAUGGACUGGUGCACUUCACAAAAUAGAUGGCAUCAUGAGACAGGAAAAUGAUGUGGAUAUAUGGAAGCAACAUCUCAAGGCAUCAGUCAGGAAGUUAAAGCUUGGUCGCAAAUGGGUCUUCCAAAUGGACAAUGAUCCAAAGCAUACAAAGUUGUGGAAAAAAUGGCUUAAGGACAACAAAGUCAAUGUAUUGGAGUGGCCAUCACAAAGCCCUGACCUCAAUACUGUAGAACAUUUGUUGGCAGAACUGAAAAAGCAUGUGCGAGCAAGGAGACCGACAAACCUGACUCAUUUACUCCAGCUCUGUCAGGAGGAAUGGGACAAAAUUCGCCCAACUUAUUGUGGGAAGCUCGUGGAAGGCUACCCAAAACGUUUGACCCAAGUUAAACAAUUGAAAGGCAAUGCUACCAAAUACUAAUUGAAUGUUUGUAAACUUCUGACCCACUGGGAAUGUGAUGAAAUAAAUCAUUCUCUCUACUAUUAUUCUGACAUUUCACAUUCUUAAAAUAAAGUGGUGAUCCUAACUGACCUAAGACAGGGAAUUUGUACUCUGAUUAAAUGUCAGGAAUUGUGAAAAACGGAGUUUAAAAGUAUUUGGCUAAGGUGUAUGUAAACUUCGGAUUUCAACUGUACCUAUAUCUUGUAAAUUAUCUGGAUUGUCCACAGUUUGUUGGAGGGGAAAUAAAAACUGUUUUGGUUGUGGUAAAAUGUA